AUGGGCAAGAAGGCUGUUCACUUUGGCGGCGGCAACAUCGGCCGUGGCUUCGUUGCCGAGUUCCUCCACACGGCCGGCUACGAGGUCGUCUUCAUUGAUGUUAUGGACAACAUCAUCUCCGCCCUACAAAACACCAAGUCUUACCAGGUCACCGAAGUUAGUGAAGCCGGUGAGACCACCAAGACCAUCACAAACUACCGUGCCAUCAACUCCAAGACCAACGAGCAGGACGUUGUCCAGGAGAUCGCCACUGCUGAUGUCGUCACUUGCGCCGUUGGUCCGAACGUCCUCAAGUUCAUCGCCCCCGUCAUUGCCAAGGGCAUCGACAUGCGUUCCAAUCCCAAGCCUCUGGCCGUCAUUGCGUGCGAGAACAUGAUCGGCGGCACCGAUCAGCUACGCAAAUACAUUGAGGAGAAGACCGACUCGGAGCGUCUCAAGUCCAUGGGCGAGCGAGCUCAGUUCGCCAACUCUGCCAUCGACCGCAUUGUUCCUGCCCAGGCUCCCGACGCCGGGUUGAAUGUCCGCAUCGAGAAGUUCUACGAGUGGGUUGUCGAGCAGACUCCCUUCGGCAAUGUCGGCCACCCUGACAUUGCCGCCAUCCACUGGGUUGACCACCUGGAGCCGUACAUUGAGCGCAAGCUGUUCACGGUCAACACCAGCCACGCUACCGCAGCCUACUACGGCAAGCACGCCGGCAAGAAGACCAUCGCGGAGGCCAUGAAAGAUCCCUACAUCAGGGGUGUCGUUCACGACGUCCUCGAGGAGACUGCCUCGCUCAUUGUUGACAAGCACGAGAUCUCCGCCCAGGAGCAACGGGACUACGUCGAGACCAUCGUCAGCCGUAUCUCCAACCCAUACCUAGAAGACACUGUCGAGCGAGUUGGCCGUGCCCCGAUGCGCAAGCUGGGUCGCAGCGAGCGGUUUAUCGGGCCGGCUGCUCACCUCGCUGAGCGCGGUAUGAAGUACGAUUCUUUGCUUGGAUCUGUGGAGAUGGCUUUGCGUUUCCAGAAUGUGCCCGGCGACGAGGAGAGUGCCCAGCUGGCUACCAUCCUCAAGGAGAACUCCCCCGGCGAUGCUACCGUCCAGCUUACCGGUCUGGAGCGUAGUCACCCUCUGUUCCCGGCCGUGGUGAAGGUGGUGGAUCAGGUACAAUCCGAGGCUAAGGAAACCGGCCAGCCGCGUAUCUAA